CAGCAAUCAGAAGAGCCUCUAGGUCUCUCAGACAUCUUUGUGAUGAGACAUACGAGAGACGAAUCUCUGUUACGAGAAUUAUCAUCUAGGUGCAGAGAAGCUGGAGCUUCUGUCCACACUGCCUUACCAGGGAAUUACCAGGUUAUUAUUUUUUCCUAGGCUCACAAAACUAGACUUGAUGAAAGAUUUACGGUUUCUGUAUGUCAUAAGAUUUAGCCGGGUUGUUUAGUUUGUUUGUAAUCCACACAGUGUUUCUCAUAGUCUGUUAUAUAACUUAAUACUAGGGUGAAACAUGGAGUCGGCGAGUUCUGACAAAUGGAAACCCCCCUCAGAGUAAAUGUCCGCAGCUCUCCCUUGCUUCUCGUAAACAGGGUAAACUUUGCAACGAUUUCGUCCGCAAUAUCUUGUCUCUACGCUUGUAAGACAUUGAUUCUUGGGCCACUCGAAUAAGAAAAAAACUUGUAAUUAGAAAGCCAAAAGGUAAAAAAGUCAUAAAUAGAUAAUUAAGGGCUGGUGGUCCACCGCCCCUCUUCUCAAACUCCGAACCAAAGUUUUGAGCCAUUCCGCUCUGAAUGAAAUCAUCGACCUUGCCUGUUUCCUUCAAGGAAAGCUGAUUGUUGUUAUUACUGUUUUGCAGUCUCAGUAUUCUACCCCACAAGUAACGGAACAGCAAGCGAUUGAUUCUUUACAGGAUCGUACAACUUCAGAACGGCUCUUGGCAACGUAAGCUAAGAGAGAUUUUUCAUUUUCCUUUUAGAACGCUUGAUUGGUCCACCGUACGUCUUCUUACACGGCUUUGAUCAGUCAAUCAAACUUGAGUGCAGUCUUUGUUCGUAUAUAUUAUGCUUGCUUUGCUUUGAGACUGUCCCGUCAGUCUUUUUCAAAAACACUUUUUCUCUCCUUGUCUUAACAUAAAAUAAAGUCUGAUUUUCAAUUUUAUUUAAACAGAAACCAGUUACGGGGUGGCUGAAGCAGGGUGUGUUAAGGUCAAAUCCUCCCUUACUAAAAAUCCCUAGAUCCGUCCUUGAAUAAUUAGGGAGUUUUAGCAACGGCGACGGCGACGGCAACUAUAACGCCAAAAAAAACAAUAAGUUUAUUGAGCAAAACAACUGAUAAGUUUGCACGUGCAUCACGCUUUUUUGUACAUUUCUUUGCCGUUACCACACGACUACGACGUGAAAAUACCUAAUUUCACGUUUUAUGGAGGACGUAAACAAGCGACGACGAAACUUUCUUCCCCUUUGUAAACUUCAGUUUGGCCCCCAAGAAAUCAACUCCAGGGAAAGUUGCCUACAUUAGAUAUUCUCAGCGAACUAAAUUAUAAAAUAAACGCGACAAAGUUUGAAAAAAAACGCCAAUUCAUUUUACAAGUGACGUUUUUGCUGCCGUCGCCGUCGUCGAUGCUAAAAGUCCCUUAUGAUAUCCGCCCCCCUGAUAUCAACAUACAUCAGAGACCAUGAUGGAUGUACGUGUUUGGUUUUGUACUUAGCUGUCCGCUAUCAGUAAUUUGUUCUCACAAGUUGUUUCGAUAUUGAUUGAAUUUUCAAAAUCGUUGGGUAACAACAUUCCUACUGUGGCUACUGAUUCUUAUAAUGGGCACGGGUGGAAGAAGAGAUUUCGUCUCUGUUACAAAACAGGCAGGUUUUAUUAUUUAGGGGAGGGGUGGGAUGGGAUUAACGGACAGUCAUUUCUGGUAUCAUCGCAGGCUACCGAAGGAUAGCGUUUAACCCCUAAGCUCUUCCCGUCAAAAUCAAGUUGCUUUUAUCAUUGCCUUGUCCUAGAUGUUGUGAGGAACUGAUUCUUUUCCGUUGCUUUUACCUUUUAAGAUUAAGCAGGGAACGCCUUUCAAGUCCUCCACAAGAAAGACAUGCAAAUUACGACUUCUACAGAAGGCUUCAAGGUCAGAGUUUGUCAUCUCAUCUGGGAAAUUCUGAUGAUGGUCUCAGAGCUGAUUUCGUAGCAAGGCAUACAACUGACCUUGCACUCCGGAGGGAUCUGUCUCCUAACUUCAAUACGGCUCCUAAUCCAACAGAGGUCAGUAGAGUUAGAAUAAAUUAG